AUGGCUUCUAAAAAAUACCAAACUACACUGACAUCUGGGUCAGGUCUACAAGUGAGAAGACAAUCAACAGCUGAAACAGACCCCAAUGCUGACAUAAAAGAUCUUAUAAUGGGGAUGGAAAAGAGCCUGAAUGAUAAGCUGGACAUAUUAGCUGGCAACAUCCAACAAAACUCAAAGCUAAUAAUAGACUUAACAACACAAAUAAGUGACCUCUCACUUAAAAAUAAAGAACUGGCUAAAUCUGUACAAGAACUCAAGAGUAAAUCCACCAAACAAGAGGAAAUGACGAAGAAAUUGCAAAUUGAAAAUAAGGACAUUAAAAAAUCACAAGAUUCAACGAAGGAAGAAAUAAACGACUUAAAGAGAGCCCAUGAAGAGCUGCUAGAUGAUUUAUCAUUGAUGGAGAUGUGUCAGAAGGAGAUGGUCCUCCGCUUCCGAGGCGUACCACAAACUUAUGAUGAACAAAUUCAAGAGAAACUAUCACAGGAGAUUGCAAACUGGUUGGGAGUAGAAGUAGAAGAGAUGCUAUUGGAUAUUGAUAAAAUUUUCAGGAUCAAAUCAGAAAGAUCGGACACUUACAAAGGGCCAGGAGAUUGCUUAUUUUUUUUCAACUCAAGACUUUUAAAGGACAAAAUAUUACAUCAAAAAGGACAAGCGAAGUUAAUAAUAGAAGAUAGGCCUAUCAAAAUAUUUAAGGAAAUCCCAAAAAGAAUUUUGAAGAAAAGGCAGAACUAUAAGACAGUAACAGAUGCACUCAAGAAGAAUUCGAUUAGAUUUCGGUGGGAAUUCCCUGAGGGCAUCACCUUCACAUACAAGGACAGAAGAAAAACUUUUAGAUCAGUAGAAGAGCUGGGAAAAUUCUGGAGGAAGUAUAAAAAAGAACUAACUGGAGAUCCGACAUUGGAGCGAGAGGAAACAACGCAGACGCCACAAGAAGCAUAG